GUCAAAUCUACCAGCCUUUUCCUUUAUUGGGUUUGCCUUUUGUGCCUUGCUUAGUUUGGAAAAUGAUUAACAAAGCAAAAAGCAUUGUGUUGUGUUUGGAUUUCAAGAAAAAUUGUCAGGAAGUGCUGUUUCUUUUUAAAUCUGCUGUGCCAGAAAGCAAUCAAUCAUGGCACCAAGAUCACACAUCCAGCUUUUUGGUCUGUGAAUGCCAUGCAUGUCUUAGAAUGCGUAGGAAGCCUACUGCUAAAUUGUUUCAUCAACCAACUACACUUUUAAAACAUCCAUUAAUUUUCAGGCUAAUCGUCAGAUAAAAUGUUCAACCUUAAAGCAGAAAAAGCCUGAAUGUGGACAAGAACCAACAACCCAGCUUCGUCCCUAUGCCAUCGUCACGCGGAGAGGCCUUGAAAGCUGUCACGACGCCACAGCAAAAUUGUAUCAGCUCUGAGGUUUUUCUUCAGCCUUACAAACCCAGCUGGCGAAAGAGCUCAUUAGGUAAAAAGCUAAUUUCCCUUUCUGAAAGAGAGACAUGUCUGAACUGAGGUUUCCUUUAGAAAAAUGAGGCCUAACUGUUUGCUUCGACAUCAGGCAGGAUUCCUUCCGAAAUGUCCCUGAACUCGUCUUUGACGUCCCUGUUCCUUUCCUCAGAUUUCCUCGCUUCUCUUGUUUCCUCAUCUAAAUUGUGUGACUUUAGCAAGGAUUCACUUCAGACAACUUGCUUGUAGAAAGAGAAAAUAUGACUCUUAGACCUGAUCUUGCAAUCAGAAGGACAGUAAGAAUAAAACAGAAAAGAAAGAGGAAAUGAAGAGCGGCCAAAUUGUUUGGUUUUUCCAGGCCUAGUCACCUCAGGUCCUUGGCUCCAUAGUCCCUGUAACUACUUCUCUCAUUCGCCUUGAUUCCUUUCCAGAACCGAGAACCACCCAGCUUUGUGACAUGGGCUCUAUUGCUAAGCAACAGACUCAGGGCUCCACUGACCCCCAGGAGCCGUGGGAGAAGCCUCUGAUCGAGGUGCUCCAAGAAGGAAGCUUUGCUGCAGAGGGACGGACGGAAGUAGGUCGAAGACAUGCUGCGGCUUGUCGUGGAGUCAGCCAACAUUAACCCGCCCCUAAUACCCCCACCCAGACCCUGCGUGACCGUCUACUUCAGAGAUAUCAAGAGGAGAACUCGUGAGAUAGAAGGGAAUAACCCCACAUGGAACGAGACCAUAAUCUGGCACCUCUGGAACCGCCCCCUGAAAAAUGACUCUUUCCUGCAAAUCAUCCUUCGGGACAUGGGCUCAAUAAAGAAAGAAAGGUUCAUGGGCCUGGCCACAAUAAUGCUCACGCCCUUGGUGAAAAAACCCAGAGAAGUGCUUUUUGUGAAGGACCUGACCCUGCUCAACCAUUCCAUGAAGCCCACAGAAUGCACUGUCACCCUACAGGUGGCCCUUAUGACCCACCAGGAUAUUGAGAAGACAGGGGAUGAAGACCUCCUGGGCACAGCUACACGAGAAGCAGCCAAGCAAAAACUGAUGGUUCCUGGCUCUGCCAUUCCCAAGGCUCUGUCCUCAAAGCCUGAACACUUUCAGGUCCGAGUGAAGAUAUUUGAAGCCCGACAGCUUAUGGGUAACAACCUCAAUCCGAUGGUGAAGUUGGUCAUUGGAGGCCAUCAACAGCGCACGCGGAUCAAGAUGGGGAACAACCCUUUCUUCGAUGAGAUCUUCUUCCAGAAUUUUUAUGAGGUUCCUGCAAAGUUCUUUGAUGAGAUCAUCUUAAUCCAGGUGAUGAAUUCCUCAGUGAUGAGAUUCAAUUCAGAGAUCGGGAGAUUCCAGACAGAUAUUGGGUUUAUCUACCAUUCUCCAGGUCACACACUCCUGAGGACGUGGCUAGGCCUCUGCCAGCCAAAUGAACCCAACAAUGGUGUGAGAGGCUACCUGAAAGUCACCAUCUGUGCCCUUGGUGUGGGAGACCAGGCCCUGGUAGAUCAACGGCUUCCCUACGGGGUUCAGGGCGCCACCCCUCGGAUCUUCAGGUCAACGGUGGCCCCCGUCAAAGUGGCCCACUUACAGUUCUUCAUCUACUGCGCAGAGGACCUUCAGCUCAAGAAACACUACUCAGUGAGUCCUGCGUUGGAGGUGGAACUAAUUGGGGAAAAGCUCAAGACAAACGUGAAGAACCAUACCGAGAACCCGAUAUGGAACCAGAUCUUGACCUUCCAGAUUCAGCUGCCCUGCCUCUCCAGCUACAUCAGGUUCAGAGUCUUGGACUGCCCCAGGAACAACUGCCGGGAUGAGAUAGGGACUGUCAGCCUGUCCCUCAACCAGAUCUCAUCCACCGGAGCAGAAACCGAAGGAAUGUACUCGGGAUUCCUACCCUGCUUUGGCCCCAGCUUCCUGACUCUCUAUGGGGGUAAAAAGGCCCCUUUCAGGAUCCAGGAGGAAGGCACUAUUAUUCCCCACUCUGUUAAAGAUGGUUUAGCUUAUCGAGGCCGAGUCUUCCUGGAGGUAGUCACCCAAAUCAAGUCCCGUCAAGACUCUAGGAUGAAGGAUCUCUCCAAUGAAGUGACCAGUGUGGAGGACCUGAUCCAAUUCGAGGUCAGCAUCGGCCACUAUGGAAACAAGAUGGACCUGAGUUACAAGCCUCUCGUCUCAACCACACAGUACAGCCCAGUGAUAUAUGAUGGGAACAUCUACCAUUACGUGCCCUGGUACAACACCAAGCCGGUCGUGGCCGUGACCUCCUACUGGGAGGACGUCAGCGUCCGCAUGAACUGCCUCAACCUCCUCCACUUCACUCGGGACCGCCUGAAAGCCAAUCUGGACACCCUGAAGUCCAUGAGGAAUCCGAGGGACCCAGCUCUGCUGCCCCAUUGGGAGAAACUGCGGAGGGAGCUGGUGGAGGACUGCAAGCGCCCUCUGCCCUGCAUGACCGAUCACCACAAAGCCACCGACCUGGACAGGAAGAGGUGGCAGCUCCGCAGCUUCCUCCUGCAGGAACUGGCCCAAAAGGCCAGGGAAGCCAAGCCCAGGGACAUGGUGGCCACCGUGGAGGGCUGGCUGUACCGCCUCAAUGCCGUGCUCCCCGAGCCCCAGGUGAGCCUCCCGGACGUGAUGAUCUGGCUGAUGUCCAAGGAGCAGCGAGUGGCCUACGCACAGGUGCCCGCCCACAGCAUCCUGUUCUCCCCAACAGGGGCCCUGUACUCUGGCAGAUUCUGUGGGAAGACACAGACCCUCCUCCUGCAGUACCCAGAGGGUGAAGGACCCAAGGACACGCUCCCAGCUCACCUCCGGGUCUGCAUGUGGCUCGGCAACGUCAUGGACAGCAAGCAUCUGCAGCUGCUCCGCCAGGGCGAAGUGGUCGUGUAUGCGGAGACGUACGAGAACCAGGCGAAGAAUAAAGACCAGUGGGGGCAGCAGGGGCUGUCCCGCUGCCCCAACUUCUCGGACGUCAUGGGGCGCAAGGCCCUCCCCAAGGAGGAUUUCAAGGCGCCCCAUGGAUGGCACUGGCAGGGGCAGUGGAGAGUGGAGCCCCAGAGAAGACUCCUCCUGGACACAGACAUCAACAAGAGCCAGGUGCUGGAGGAGGUGUACGAGAACCAGUACCGCAACACCACGGGGGCCUGGGUGCCAGCAGCUGUCCCCAACACGGACAUGGAUGGGCACGCCGUGGAGGCCCGGGAGAGUAUGAAGUGCCCCCAAGGCUGGUACAUUAAGAAGAACUGGACUGUGGAGCUGAACCACGCAGUGGACAAUGAGGGUUGGGAGUACGGAGUGGGGAUCCAGCCAUCGGGCCUGCCCCGGGUCUGGAACUCGGUGGAGAAGACCUACUAUUCGCACCGCCGGCGGCGCUGGGCACGCGUGCGCUACCGGAACCACGGGGAGCUGAGCCACGAGCAGGAGACCCUAUCCUUCCUGCAGCUGCACCACCCUAGCCUGGAUGAGAAGGAGCAGGGCUGGGAAUAUGGCACCUUUGGCUCCAAGUUCCACCUGAACCCUCAGCCCCAGAGCCAGUUCCGCCGCCGCUGCUGGCACCGCAGGCUGGCCCCCGACAAGGACAAGGGCAUUGCACCCAUAUUCUGUCUGGAGGGAUCCUUGGCUAUGGAUCUGAAAGAGCAGACUGAGAAAGAAGUGGACAGGGCGCCAUCACGGAGUCUGAGCAAAAGGCUCGGGGACGCCUGGAGGCCUGCCCCAGAGGACAUCCAGCUACCCAACCUCCCCUUCAUCUACUGCAUCUUUGACAAGCCCCACUACUACCAGCUUUUCUGCUACAUCUACCAGGCCCGGAACCUGAUGUCCAACCAGAUCCAUUCCUUCCAGGGGCCCUUCAUUCGGCUCAUCUUCUUGAACCACAGCCAGUGCACACAAACCCUUAGGAGCUCUGCAGCUCCCACAUGGGCACAGACACUCAUCUUCCAGCACCUCUUUCUGUAUGAAAACCCCCAGGACACCAAAGAGAGCCCACCACUCGUUAUGUUGGAACUGUGGCAGCGGAGCUCCCAGGGCAAGGAGAGCUUGUGGGGACGGACCAUGUGGUCCCCGGUGGUCUGGCUGGAUGUACAAAACCGGAUCCUGCCCCCCAUGAGGUGGCAUCCCCUUGUGAAAGAGUUGGGGAAUGAAGAGGGUGAGAUCUUGGCAUCCUGUGAGCUGAUCCUCGAGACUGAGAGUCUCAGAGAGAGGAUGCCAAUCUUAAGCGUUCCCUGGAAGAAUGGGGUCUACACACUCCCCAAGAGCAUUGAACCCACGCUAAAGAAAAUGGCUAUUGAGAUCCUGGUCUGGGGCCUUCGGAACAUGAAGCAGGUGCGUGCGCCCCAGCUCCUGGUGGAAUGCUGGGAAGAGUCCCUGCAGACAGAACCCAUCAGGGGCUUCCAGACCAACCCCAACUUCACUGAGUCCGUCCUCUUCCUCACGCUGUUCAUGCCUACAGAGGAGGCCUACGCACUGCCCCUCAUGUUGAAGGUGGUGGACAACUGGGACUUCGGCCAGCAGACCGUGGUGGGUCAGGCCAGCAUCGACUCCCUACAGCCCUACUUCUGUGACCCCUGGGCUGAGGACUACAUGCCUCCACGACGUCCAAUUCUGACUGUGAAGAAGUACCAGGAGCUCCUAGGUUACCUCUAUGGAAAGUUCUGGUUCAAGUCCAGCAAAGCUGAGGAUGAAUACGAGCAUGAAGUGGAUUGGUGGAGCAAGCUGUUCUGGGCCACAGGCGAUCUUCAGCAGCCCCUCAAGUACAAGUACAAAGACUACCAUACCCUGAAGGUGUAUGACUGCGAGCUGGAGGCUGUGCCAGAAUUCCAAGGCCUGCAGGACUUCUGCCAGACCUUCAAACUCUACCAGGAACAGCCCAAGUUGGACAGCCCUGUGGUGGGGGAGUUCAAGGGCCUUUUCCGUGUCUACCCCUUUCCUGAGAAUCCAGAAGCGCCCAAGCCCCCCCGCCAGUUCAUGGUUUGGCCUCAGAAGGAGGACUUCCCUCAGCAGUGCUUGGUGCGAGUGUACGUGGUGCGAGCCAUCAACCUGCAGCCCCAAGACCUUAAUGGCCUGUGUGACCCUUAUGUGAUCCUAAAACUGGGAAAGACAACGUGUGGCAACCGAGACAAGUACCAGCCCAACACCUUGGAUCCCAUCUUUGGCACGAUGUUUGAACUAAGCUGCACCAUCCCCCUGGAGAAGGACCUGGAGAUCCAGCUAUAUGACUUUGACCUACUUUCACCUGAUGAUAAGAUUGGAGCCACAAUCAUCGACCUUGAAAACCGACUCCUGUCUGGCUUUGGGGCUUGUUGUGGGCUCUCCAAAUCAUAUUGCCCGUCAGGGCCCUUCAGGUGGCGGGAUCAGAUGCCCCCAAGCUUCCUCUUGGAACGCCAUGCCAAGCGGAAAGGACUGCCUCCACCGCUGUUCAACACUGAGGAUGACUCGGUUUUUUACAAUGGGAAAAAAUUCAAACUGCAAAGCUUUGAGCCCAAGCCCCCUACUGCUCAUUAUUUGGGACCUAAGAAAGAACGCCUUGCACUGUACCUCCUGCACACCCAGGGGCUAGUACCUGAGCACGUGGAGACCCGCACACUGUACACUGACAGCCAGCCAGGCAUCGACCAGGGAAAGGUGCAAAUGUGGGUGGACAUCUUCCCCACGGAGCUUGGGCCUCCUGGCCCCCCAGUCGACAUCAAGCCCAGGACACCUAAACGCAGAGCCUCAGAGCACAGUGGCUGCAGGUAUGAGCUGCGCUGCAUCAUCUGGAAAACUGCCCAGGUGGACCUGAAGGACAGCACUUUCAGUCCCGAAAACCUGAGCGACAUCUAUGUCAAAGGGUGGUUAUUCGGGCUAGAGAAGGACAUGCAGAAGACAGAUAUCCACUACUACUCCGUGACUGGGGAGGGCAACUUCAACUGGCGGUUCAUCUUCACCUUGGACUACCUGAUGGCAGAGCACGUGUGCGUCCUGAGCCAGAAGGACUACAUAUGGAGCCUGGACCCCACAGUGAUGAAGUUCCCAGCACGGCUCAUCAUCCAGGUCUGGGACAAUGACAUCUUCACCAGUGAUGACUUUCUGGGGGUCCUGGAGCUGGAUUUGUCUGACAUGCCCUUCCCAGCUCGGCACGCCAAUCUAUGCUCCAUCAGGAUGAUGGAUGCUGACCCCAAGUGGCCAUACCUCCUCCAACACAAGCGCUUCUCCCUUUUUAAGAAGAAGACUGUAACCGGCUGGUGGCCUUGCCAAGUCCUCGAUGGUGGCAAAUGGCGCUUGUCGGGUAAAGUGAAGAUGACUCUGGAGAUUCUGUCCGAGAAGGAAGCCUUAAUCAGGCCAGCAGGACGAGGCCAGUCAGAACCCAACCAAUACCCUACACUUCAUCCUCCCCUACGCAACGAAAAGUGGUUCUUAUGGUUUCGGUCACCUCUUCAAAAUAUCUUCCAUAUUUUCUGGAAACGCUACCGCUUCAAAAUGAUAAUCUUCUUAAUGAUAGUGAUUAUAGGGCUUCUGCUGUUCAACUUUAUCUAUUCAGCUCCGAACUAUUUGGCCAUGAGCUGGAUCAAACCUGAACUUCGGCUGAAUGCUCCCAUUAAAAUAUACGCCAAUAUCAUCAGUUCAUCAAACACCAGCAAUGCCAACUCUUCCAUCCUCACCACCCAGCAUCCGAACCUAAAGCCUAUGAAUGAGUUGAAACUCCUUCAGGGACCCAUGAAUCACCUGCAAGAUAUUUUUCCAGAACUUCCAGUCCCACAGGACUGAUUCACUCACGUUUGCCUGGAUUUCUCCUGACCACCACCAGCCCUACCCUUGGGCUUCCUACCAGUUUCUUGUUUCUCUCCUCUAGGACAUGUGCAAGGGGCUAGGGAUAGCCUGGCUAUCGUGUUCAGAAACCACUUCCAACAAGAAGGGCAGAGUUGUAAUUUUCCACAGAAAUAAACAAGUUUUGUAACAGA